GACUGGGUGACAAGACAGUUCUUUCCCCCGACUCCCCAUGUGUCCUCUCCAAAACCUUGGUAAUUCCAGACAUCCACAACAGUUUCACCGGAUGUGAAUGUUGCGGCCAGUUCGACAUCGACUCGAUACCGCGUGCCAGUGAAAAGUUCUGGCUGCGAGACAUAGGCGAUUGUCAGUGCGUCAUGCAGAGGAGGACCGUCGUUAAAACCGAAUGUGCUCUUGUACGACUCGGCGAAGAAUCCAAUCAGUGUUGACAGCGUGUGCCGCAGGCUCGUUGUCGGUGCGGGGAGAGGCACACUCAAGUCACGAGGGUCCGGCGACGACGGCGACAGAAGACGCGUAUGAACGCUAUGUGUGACGAUGGCGGUGUGUGUUACGUUGAUGGGAAUCAUGGCCUUCCUCACAGGAGUAUCCAGAACGAUUUGAGCUGCAUGAGCUGCAAUCCAUAUUAUGCACCGCGCGCGAUCUUGUUCUGGAAUGAGCCACUCACGGUCGCAUAAUAUAUUCAACAGCCGACCGAUUGCCCAAGCCAACUCCACCCCCCAUGACUGGAAAGUUUCACUGCGAUCAACAGAUCUGGAUACACCGACGCGAACAACGCGAUGUUGGUCAUCGGACCGCUGGAGAUGAUAGUGACCUUGGACCCCAUCCCAUUAUUCCACGUCCGUUUCACAUGGUGUGACAUCCCCUCGAGGGCUCUCACCACCGCCCCCUCGGCAUCCCGUGCAAUCCACUGCUGGACCUCAGCACUGGCUGGAUCUGGCAGACCCACGACACCCCCGAGACCGUCGACACCGUGGAUUUCUGGGUCGUGCUUCGCGGGGCGCAGGAGAGGCUUGGUCGCCCCGGGGUAGACGCGCAUAUCCGGAUACACCGCGGCCGCACCGAACGCGUGUAGACAUCUCGCUGCGUUGAGCAUCGUCCAGUCGCUGCUCGCAUUUCCAUGGGUCUGACUGAGGUUACUUCCGCGUCGACGGCUUGAUGAUGGCAAUCCUGCUAUACCGUCGAGAUCCCCAAGGGCGUGAUAUUGGGCGCGUGGAGGGCUAGGAGGAUCGCGGUGGCAUCAUCGUGGCCCUAUUUUCGUGGGUAAGUUGAUUGAGAAGAGACGAGGACUGCGGGACGGACAGGAUCUACGUCGAGCCAAACGUACUUCAUGGCACGGUGAGAGAUUGCUUUCGGAACAUCCGGCCCGGAAAUUAGUCCUGAUAAGGGACGGCCAGUCACGGUGCUAAUUGCUCUAAGUUGUCCCGCACUCUCGUCGAAGCUACGCAAAUGAAUGGAGUCCUCCUCAUCCUUCACCUCGUGCUGUUCUCAUGCCCACCUAUCUUUGCAUUGAACUCCCGGGCUCCGACGCCAUUGGGCUCGCUGAAGGCGCGACCCACAGCCGUCCAUCGCCCUCGGUCCAUGGAUCACUUCCACCGCUCGAGAUGGCGAUCGAUCCACCUAGAGCAGACAGAACCCAUCGAAUGGGAUAGAAUAGAGGUAUCGGGUCCCGACGUAGAGGAUAGAGGCACGCUGGCUCAGCUCGCGCGUAUGAGCGCCAAUGCCUACGCAACGCCAGGGAAGAGUAACUGGUACACCGUCGAUGAGGCCUGGAACACUAGCUUUCCCUUCGGUUGGGAGGAUCCAGAGAAUGGGUUCCGGGGCCAUGUAUUCAUCUCGUCGGACAACUCAACCGUUGUCCUUUCUAUCAAAGGCACGACACUCAACGGGCCGACUUCGAAGCAGGAUAAAUUCAACGACAAUCUGCUCUUCUCCUGCUGUUGUGCGCGAGUUGACAUAAGUUGGGUGUUCCGGAAGGUGUGCGAUUGCUACAGGAAAUCGUUCCGCUGUGAUAAUACCUGUCUGACGAAAGCACUCGUCGAGGAGAGCUUGUUCUAUUCGGUUGGUGUGCGGCUUGUGAAUGAUCUCCUCUUCCUGUAUCCAACAGCCGAUUUGUGGCUGGUCGGUCACAGCCUAGGUGGAGCGUUGGCUGCCCUGCUUGGCACUACCUUCGGACUGCCGGCUGUGGCGUUCGAAGCCCCGGGCGAGCGACUGGCUGCGCAGAGACUGCAUUUGCCUCUGCCCAAGCCUCCACUGGACAGCUUCCUCCCCGCCAUCACGCAUGUAUAUCAUAACGCGGACCCGAUUCCUCAGGGCACUUGCACAGGCGUCGCUUCUCUGUGCGCUCAGGGCGGCUUUGCUCUCGAGACGCGAUGCCAUCUCGGCAAGAAUGUCGUCUUCGACGUCGUCGACAAGCUGGGCUGGAAAGUAGAUCUCAGGACACACGUGAUAAAGCGCGUUAUCACAGAGGUCCUCGAGGGAAAUGACAUUGAAUGGGAGCCUGGCCGGAGUGUCCCUCAAGCCAAGGCAGAUACAGAUUGCGUAGACUGUUUCAAAUGGGAUUUCGGAGAGUUUGGACCAGGAGACGGUGAAGAUCUCAUUGAAGCAGGCUUAUGAUGUAAAUGAAGUUCCACCUAUUAAUCUACCU